UCCUCCUGACACGUGAAUGCUCCCGCAGGACCAUAAUCCAUCCAUGCAUCCAUGUCCUCUAACUAUAAUGUGUUCUGGUCCUGGAGCCAGAGGAAAAGUGGAGGGGUGAGGAAUCUAGGGGCAGAUUGAUUUUCUCGGGGGCAGUAACUGGCUAGAGGGGCUCUAAGGGACUUCAAAGGCAGGAUUGGAAAAACUUGCCUGGAAAUCGGAAUGUUUUUCUCCUAAUGUUGACUUGCCGUUUGCCUCUUUCACAUAUAAACCCCGUUUAGUAAGUUUGAAACACUUUAAGGCGCAAAAUGGCUGAGCCGCUGAGUUUCAUGCAUCAUGAUCAGGGCUCCAGCAGCGAACGGAGUGACGACUCACCGUCAGCCGUGUCUGAGGAUGACUCUAGCGGCCACUGCGGCCACAUCUCCCCGCCUGACCCUGACUGGACCGAGGAAAGGUUUCGAGUUGACCGCAAGAAACUAGAAACAAUGUUACUGGCGGCCAGUGAGGGGAGGAUAAAUGGAGGAGAGGAUUUUUUUCAGAAGGUCAUGGAUGAAACCAACACUCAGAUCGCCUGGCCGUCCAAACUGAAGAUUGGAGCAAAGUCCAAAAAAGAUCCACAUAUUAAGGUCAGCGGAAAAAGGGAAGAUGUGCGAGAGGCAAAAGAGAAAAUAAUGUCCGUUCUUGACACAAAGAGUAAUCGUGUGACCCUGAAGAUGGACGUAUCACAUACAGAGCACUCGCAUGUUAUUGGGAAAGGAGGGAAUAACAUCAAACGAGUGAUGGAAGAGACGGGCUGUCACAUACACUUUCCUGACUCCAAUAGGCACAGCCAGGGCGAGAAGAGCAACCAGGUGUCAAUAGCAGGGCAGCCGACUGGCGUAGAAGCAGCGAGAGUUAAAAUACGGGAGCUGUUGCCGUUGAUGCUGAUGUUUGAAUGCAGUGGUUUGGUGCAGCAUGUGGACUGUAGCUCUCCUGUAGUUCAGCAUAUCUCCCACACUUACAACGUCUCCAUCUCCUUCAAACCUCCCUCCCGUCUCUAUGGCAACACUGCCAUCGUCCGUGGCAACCAGAACAAUACCAGUGGCAUUAAGCGCGGUACAGCUUUGUUAUUGGAGCACCUCGCUGGGUCUUUGGCCAGCUCAGUGCUGGUCAGCACACAACUGGACAUCGCACCUCAGCACCACAACUUCCUUCUGGGCCGCAAUGGAGCCAACAUCAAGAACAUCUCCCAGCGCACUGGAGCCCAAAUACACUUCCCCGAGCUCAACACUCACAACACACACACAAGUCGCUCAGCCGUCUACAUACAGGGCAGCAUUGAUGCUGUAUGUGUGGCUAGACAGCAGCUAAUGGGCUGUCUGCCACUGGUGUUGCUGUUUGACAUUAAGGAGGAGAUGGAGGUGGCAUCUCAGGUCGUCACUACACUUAUGGAGCAGCUGGACGUCUUCAUCAGUAUUAAACCCAAACCAAAACAGCCCAGCAAGUCAGUGAUAGUUAAGAGCGUGGAAAGGAAUGCUGGGAGUAUGUAUGAGGUACGACGGAUUCUGUUGGGACUGGAGUCCAGCUGUGUGCCUCCUCCCAUCAACCAUGUGGCUGUUAAUGGACAUCCUCCUCCUUCCCCUCCCCUGAUAGGCUCCAUUGGACUGGACACCCUGGCUUCAGCUGGACUGAGGCUAAGCACUCUGGCUGGUCUUCUAAGGUCGUCUGUCAGCCCCAUUCCUAAUGGUUCCCCAAACCCAAACUGUGUUCAUAAUGGGCAAGGCUCUGUGUUAAACAUCCAGAAUGGAGCAGUGAACAGCUCACCGCACAUUUAUACACCCUCCAAUACACCUGAUCACACACAUUCACAUGCUACUGGUCACACAGCUUCACUUUGGGCCAGUGCGCUCAGUUCAGCAGCUAAAACAGCAGGGUUUUCCACAGACCUCAUGCUGCAGUCAGUGUCUCAGUCGACUCUCGGGAGUCUUCUGCUCUCUGGGGUCCAGAGUCAAGCACACAUUCACACACCAUCCCCUCCACCUGGACUUGCACCAAUACACAAACCAACGAGCGCAGAACAUCUCAACGGACAUCUCGCCAGUUCUAUGUACAGUCGAAUCUCCUCUGUAUCGCUGAACUCCGCCCACUGUGACACAUCCCAGGAAGUCAUUGGACACUCCCAAUCAGAAUCCAUUUCCAAUAAAUCUGCAGAUGAAGGCUCAGAUACAUUUGUUGAAGUGGGCAUGCCCAGAAGCCCGUCUCACUCAGCCAAUGGGAGUGAGCUGAAGAAGAUGCUGGCCUCUUGCACCAUGUCAUCAGGAAAACGACAAACGGUGGAACUUUUGCAGAGAACCAAGAACUCACUUCUUCAUGUUGAGUGUGUGUUGGCCGAUUCUGAUAGUGAGAAUCCAAUGGCUGACAAAAGAGCACCAGGAAGUGAGAGAGCUGCAGAAAGACGACUUGCACCACAUUUGCAGGCGUUUGACUAUGAGAAAAAGAAGCUACUGGCCACUAAAGCCAUGCUGAAGAAGCCAGUUGUGACGGAGAUUCGGACCCCCACAAAUACCUGGAGCGGGUUGGGUUUCUCUAAAUCAAUGCCAGCAGAGAGCAUAAAAGAGCUGCGCAGGGCACACCAUGUGCCAUAUAAACCCAGCAUAAGCACUACUUAUGAGGACUCUCAUCUCUCUGUCUCACACACUGGGAGUCAGGAGGGUUUGGGUAAUGACACCAAAUCCGGUAAUUGGGGGGAUUUGAAUGGGAACGUUAACAUCAAUGGAAACGGACUGCCAGGAAAUUCUGAAUUUUCCCCUGCUGUCAGCAGCCCAAAGAGAAUCAAGAACAAAUCUUUAGGUGAGCAGUAUCUCAGCAGCAGUAAUUAUAUGGACAGUAUCUCUAUGUCUGGCAGCAAUGGCUGCUCUCUCGGUUCAUCUCUCAAAGGAACAGAUCUCCCUGAGCUGUUCAGCAAACUCGGUCUCGGCAAAUACACAGACAUCUUCCAGCAGCAGGAGAUUGAUCUGCAAACAUUUGUCACACUAACGGAUCCAGACCUAAAGGAACUGGGAAUCACAACAUUUGGUGCUCGCCGGAAAAUGUUACUGGCGAUCUCAGAGCUGAAUAAGAGCAGGAGGAAGCUCUUUGACACACCCAACAUUCGCUCCUCCUUCCUAGAAGGCGGGGCCAGCGGUCGUCUGUCGCGUCAGUUCCACUCGGACAUGGCGAGCAUCAGUGGUCGCUGGUGAUCUUUUACCUGUGGGAAUGUGGACCACAAACCACUUCGUACUGGACUGGACUGAUUGAUACAGAAAAGGCAUAAAGCGAUGCAGAUUCUCACAUAUAAAAAAAAUGUGGGGAGGUGUUAUUAAGUUUGCUUUUUAUGCCUAAAUAUAUGGAAGGAAAUGUAUUAUUGUUAAGGCAAUGUGCCAUUAAUUUUGUCUUGCAUUUACCCUGGGUGAACAGGCAAAGCACAGAGUUAAAAACUAACCGUACUGUUAGCAAGAGCGCUUCAGUAUUGGUGUCUAGCACUUUAAUCUGUAAACUCUGCUGUUUUUGCCAGUUGGUUGUAUGCAGUGUCUGUCUUUUGUAACAUCGGACUGUCCAGUGUCAAAGCCAAACACGUGCACAUAUUUAGCAGGUAUUUCCAGAUCACACGCGAAGGUCAUCUGCUUGGUAAUCACAAUCAGCUGAUGCUCAUGUUGUUUACCAGACUGUUAUAUUCAUGUUCAGUUUAAUUACUCAUUGGUCAUCGUGGUAUUUUAAAUCUAUUUUAUUUUAUAGUUUCAUUAUGUUCUCAUAUUUUAUGUUAAUCUUUUAAAAGGCAUUAUCAGUUUACUUUUUUGUAUUGUUUUGGUUCUUUUUUGACAUCAUUUGUUUUUAUUGUUUAAUCUGUGAUAUGAUUUGACAGAACGUGUAAUAGUCAUCUCAACUACAUGUCAGCCAUUUUUUUGGUGUAAAUGAAGUCUUUUCUGAAGGAUUAGGUUUGGAAAUAUUAUCCAUAGAAUUCCACUGAUUUGUUUAGCAAAAUCUGUUUAAUCAGUAUUUACAUUUCACGUGUAGCACAGACAUCAGAUUUAAGCUGCAUUAGGUACUUUUCAAGACUAAGUGGGGUGUUUGUUGAAAGUUUGAUGUUGGCAUGUACAGUAUAAUUGGAUAUAUUUCCUUUGUAUGUGCAAACGUUAUGUAUCUGGUAGGUGUUUUUCAGGUUUGUGUGCAUAAGUAUGUAUGUGUGUUUGUACUUAUCCUUUACUCAUAGCUUAAAGCCAUAAAUUAAACUCAAGGGCUACUGUUGAUAAAUGUCUGAUUUUUCGAAAUACUUGUUUUUGACCAGCAAUUACUUUUUGUUAAUCAUUCUAUAAAGUUUUUUGUUGUUUUUCUUUUUCAACCUGACAGUUUAUAUCAAUAGAAGCAUUCACAGUAAAUGAGUGUUACCUGGUCUUUCAUUUGUUUACAUUUGUUAGAUUUGUAGUAUAUUCACGGUACAGCCUACUAAGAAGAAUGUAUAACACAUUGAAAGAGCUUUUUGAAACCAUCUAUUGGUAAAUACAUAAGAAACCAUGCUAAUCUCCUUUUUAGUUUGUUAGUUGUUGUUGUUUUUUUAUGGAAGGAAAAUAAUGACAGUUUCAGAAAUAUUGCACAGAAUGCUUGUGGUACUCUUGUAUUAUUGCUCAGUGAUAUUAUUAAAUGCGUAAUUGUAGGUCCAAAGUGAAAAUCUCGUAAGAUUCACGUGCAAAAUAUGGACUUUUCAGAGAUGCAUAGUACGGAGAUAAAAUUCCUCACCGCUGUGGAACCAGUGUAUAUGGUUACUGAGCUGUGUUUAAGAUCAAGAUUCAUAUUGUUUUCUUUGCAUCUUUCAAAUCAUGUGUGUUCAUUCUGUUAUCUCCACGCUUCAGCUGUUUGAAAAUGUUCUUUUUUUUCUGAGGGAACAACUGUGUUGUUCGGUCAUUCUAAUUGUGCUUCCUCCUGGAGUGGAGCAUUAUGGGAGAAUGUUUUUGUUUUGGAUGUGACGCUGGCAUUUGUAUCACAUUUAAAUCUUUGACAAAGGGAACAAUGUUCAUGUUUUUGCCUUGUAAGAAUGUUCUGUAAAUCCAAAUCAGUGUGUCUUAAAAUGGACAGAAGCCUGUGACUUUGAGUGUUGCCAGAGUAUUCCUCGCUGAAAGUAACAAAAAAGGGAUUUAAAGUAAAAGUGAAAAAUCAAAAAUAUUUGAAAUGUUUGUCACUGAUUUGUGGUUUUGUUCUAGAAAAUAAAAAUGUUUGCAAGCCAAAUCAAA